GGAGAAAUAGACAAACGGAGAAGAUUGCUUUCAGAGUGUUGUGCCCUUACUAUAUUUUGUCUUUUUUUCCUAUUUCUUUUCCAUUUUGAACAUACAUAUAUUUAAUAUUGCUGUCUUACCUGAUUUAACAUUCCAUCAGGUUGUUAAUAGUCGUAUAAGUCUCUAGGGCUUCAUUUAGCAGACAUGUACUGAUUUCAUUUACCUGUUCUUACUCACCUGCUGAUAUUAUCCCUCGUGGACUACCCUCCCUGUGAACCAAAGGUUUAUAACUACUACCAUACGAUUAUCAGCUAUGGAUGUUUUCAUGAAAGGGCUUUCCAAGGCUAAAGAGGGGGUUGUGGCAGCUGCUGAAAAAACUAAACAGGGUGUGGCAGAGGCAGCAGGGAAGACAAAAGAAGGCGUUAUGUAUGUGGGUUCUAAAACGAAGGAAGGUGUUGUUCACGGAGUAACAACAGUGGCUGAAAAGACCAAAGAACAGGUGUCUCAUGUUGGAGGAGCAGUAGUCACAGGAGUGACUGCAGUAGCCCAGAAGACAGUAGAGGGGGCAGGAAACAUUGCGGCAGCCACAGGGUUGGUUAAGAAGGACCAAAUGGCUAAACAGAAUGAAGGUGGACAAGAGGGAGUAUUGGGAAAUACAGACAGAUCAAAUGAUAAACAGGAUAAUGAGACGUAUGAAAUGCCACCUGAGGAGGAAUACCAGGAUUAUGAUCCAGAAGCAUGAGCAUUCUGAUGAAAUGACAUCAUCAAAGAAGACUGCCCUCCCCAUGAAAAAUGUUCUGUUCCAGUGUAAAACAAUCAUCCCCAUUUUUUUUUAUUAUUUUAAUUUUUUUUUCCUUCAAACGCUCAUGGAAGUCUUCCAUCUCCAAUGAUAAAAGCUUCAUCAGAUUUCUCACCCCAUAAGAACACCUUACUGGUAUGGACAACAAGCAGUAGGGUUACCUGUUCUGCUAUGAAUGUUGUGGUUAUAAAAAAAAGUAAAAGGAAUGAAAAAAAAAGCACCUAAGUGUCUACAAAUGUUCUGCUUUACACUUGUAGUAUUGAUUGUUUUUCCAGUGAUUUCAGCAUAGUUUAUACUUCUUGAUACUUUUGUAUGUUUCCCAUGUUACUAUGUUGAGUGUUACACAAUGUGAGCUGUUUAUGGGGUAUUAAUGUCAGUAAGCAUGAACUAUGCACCAAAAUUGUACUAUUCAAUUGUGUUUUACUGAUUUAAGUGUUUUUCAAUAAAUGUGUGGAUAUUUAAUUAAUUCUAUUAUUGAUAUUAAUGUUCAAAAAAGGAAUACUAUUUACGAUGCCCAAAAUUGCUUGUUUCAACCUAGGCAUGUAUGAAUUUAAUUUGGGCUUUGGCCAAAAAAAUAUUUUAUCUUAAGCAGAAAUACAACAUUUAUUGCCCAUCUAAUUUUAUUGAGCUUUUAUUUUACUUUUUCUUUCAUGUAUAAUAAAGUAUGUAUAAACCAUAAAAGACUCAAGUAACAA